AUGCAGCAUCGUCUUGUCCCCGGACUGUCCUACACAGUGAAAGUACACUUCUGUCCUAAAGAAUGGCGCUACUUCUACGACUGUAUUCGGGUUCAUUGCAAGGUUGGAAUCCAGUGCUAUGUUAAUUUCUAAUCAAGUUCGCAUGCCGUCAUGCCUGACAGUGAUCUCUUCAACUUCUACUUCUAAUCUAUUCAACUGUCCAUCAAAAGAGGGAUUUGCUGUGUUUAUGCAUCACAUGUUGUUUGUUGUCAACGUUUCUCUCCAUAGUUGCUGCAAGGUAAGCCUGGUCCCAGAUCUGUUUGUGCUGUCUUGCAAACUUCUAAGGUCAUUGUCACUCCAUGGCAAACUGAUCUGGAACCAGAGUACUUACUGCUAGGAGGUUCCCUCCUGUUUAGAACUCCAGGAAAUGAAUGCAUCAGGGAGCAUUGUUAUUCUCUCUCAAUCUCUCUCCAGGGGGAAGAGAAUUUACAGGUACCAGUCCAUGCCUACCCCAUCAUCGAUGACUUGCACAUCCCAACACACAUCACCAUACCAGCUGUCCCACUGGGCCAAAGGUGAGGUGAAGUGGACAAUCGUGUCUCACUGUGCAUCUUUGCCCUUUGAAUAGUCUUUAAACCCACCAAUGAACCUUCAUAAGAGGAUUGUACAUGAGUUGCAUGGCCACUCAAAUCCCUUACAGAAAAAACACAUAAUUUCACAUGUGAAAUCAUGUGUUUUUGGAACACUUCACAUAUGAUCACGUUUCCACACGUGUAGUUUAAUUUUAUCACAUGUUACUUUAAAUGUUGUCGCAAGUUAUCACAUUAACUUCACAUAAGAUCACAUAUGAUCACAUGAAAACAUGUGUUUUUGGAACACUUCACAUGUGAAAUUCAUAUGUUCUUUCCGUAAGGGAUAGGCUACAGCUACAGCCUAGUCUGCUAAGUAGUUGCUAAGUGCACCAGUUUCUGAAUUAGCCUGCCAGAUAAACAUGAUGAGUGGCAACAAAGGCUUGUUUGAGGAAUAAACUCAGUGUGUUAUUAUGGUCAUGUAACGCAUCAUAAACAUUGGUUUUUAAUCAUCUCUGUUGACACUAACGAUGCGGUGAGCAGUCAAUAUAUUAGAGUCCAUUUGCACAGUAGAUAGCUAAUCGUAGUUCUCUAAGUAAGCUGUAUGCUGGGGUAUAUGCUAGGGUCAGUAGUAUUUGUCUUGCAUGUUCAACAAUCUUCAGUCAAAACAAUACACUUGGAAAGAGAAUACUUUAAAAAAAAUCCAAAAUAUAAACAUAUGUAAGGCCAUAGAGAUACAAUAUAAUAAUUAUUUACAUUUUACAGAUUGUGACACAAUCCACUUUCCACAAUUUUUUAUAGGAGGGCAUUUUUAUCUCUUGAUAAAAAUGAUUGUCUUUUGAACUGAGUGGCUGGCUGAAUUUGAUUUAGCUUUACAUUUUAUUGUAGGUCUCAAUGAACAUGUAGGCUGUUGUCCUUUCUCUCUGGGUCUGUGUGAUAUACAGUACCAGUCAAAAGUGUGGACACACCUACUCAUUCAAGGGUUUUUCUUUAUUUGUAAAAAAAAUUACAUUGUAGAAUAAUAGUGAAGACAUCAAAACUAUGAAAUAACACAUAUGGAAUCAUGUAGUAACCAAAAAAGUGAUAAACAAAUCAAAAUAUAUUUUAUAUUUAAGAUUCUUAAAAUAGCCACCCUUUGCCUUGAUGACAGCUUUAUACACUCUUGGCAUUCUCUCAACCAGCUUCACCUGGAAUGCUUUUCCAACAGUCUUGAAAGAGUUCCCACAUAUGCUGAGCACUUGUUGGCUGCUUUUCCUUCACUCUGCCGUCCGACUCAUCCCAAACCAUCUCAAUUGGGUUGAGGUCGGGGGAUUGUGGAGGCCAGGUCAUCUGAUGCAGCACUCCAUCACUCUCCUUCUUGGUAAAAUAGCCCUUACACAGCCUGGAGGUGGGUUGGGUCAUUGUCCUGUUGAAAAACAAAUGAUAGUCCCACUAAGCCCAAACCAGAUGGGAUGGCGUAUCGCUGCAGAAUGCUGUGGUAGCCAUGCUGGUUAAGUGUGCCUUGAAUUCUAAAUAAAUCACAGACAGUGUCACCAGCAAAGCACCAUAACACCUCCUCCUCCAUGCUUUAUGGUGGGAACUACACAUGCGGAGAUCAUCCGUUCACCAACACCGCGUAUCACAAAGACACAGCGGUUUGAACCAAAAAUCUCCAAUUUGGACUCCAGAUCAAAGGACAGAUUUCCACCGGUCUAAUGUCCAUUGCUCGUGUUUCUUGGCCCAAGCAGGUCUCUUAUUAUUAUUGGUGUCCUUUAGUAGUGGUUUCUUUGCAGCAAUUCGACCAUGAAGGCCUGAUUCACACAGUCUCCUCUGAACAGUUGACGUUUAGAUGUGUCUGUUACUUGAACUCUGUGAAUCAUUUAUUUGGGUUGCAAUUUCUGAGGCUGGUAACUCUAAUGAACUUAUCCUCUACAGCAGAGGUAACUCUGGGUCUUCUAUUCCUGUGGUGGUCCUCAUGAGAACCAGUUUCAACGUUCUUGAAAUGUUCCGUAUUGACUGACCUUCAUGUCUUAAAGUAAUGAUGGACUGUCGUUUCUCUUUGCUUAUUUGAGCUGUUCUUGCCAUAAUAUGGACUUGGUCUUUUAUCAAAUAGGGCUAUCUUCUGUAUACUCCCCCUACCUUGUCACAACACAACUGAUUGGCUCAAACUCAUUAAGAAGGAAAUAAAUUCCACAAAUUAACUUUUAACAAGGCACACCUGUUAAUUGAAAUGCAUUCCAGGUGACUACCUCAUGAAGCUGGUUGAAAGAAUGCCAAGAGUGUGCAAAGCUGUCAUCAAGGCAAACGAUGGCUAUUUGAAGAAUCUCAAAUAUAAAAUAUAUUUUGAUUUGUUUAACACUUCUUUGGUUACUACAUGUUUCCAUAUGUGUUAUUUCAUAGUUUUGAUGUCUUCACUAUUAUUCUACAAUGUAAAAAAAUAAAGAAAAACCCUUGAAUGAGUAGGUGUGUCCAAACUUUGACUGGUGGUGUAUAUGCUUGUUAUCUUUGACCUUUGACCUGUCUUUGACCUUCCAGUGUCAGCCAUGUGAUCCCUCUGAGCUGCAGCUGUCCCAUUGACUUUGAGUUCCAGGUGUACAUCAUCCAGCCACACAAGGCCUUCUCGGUCCAGCCCCUGUCAGGUAACUCCAAUCAGCAGACUUGGUAGCACUUUACAUUAGGCCACUGAAUAAAGUAGUAAUAACACAGUCCUUAACAAGAUAGCAACAACAUCCUACCUGCUCACUCAGACAGACAGUGAGGAAAACCCCUGUAUUAUUCUAUCUACAGUAGGUAUAUAUUAUUUGAUUAAUGUAUUAAGCCUGUGAGUCUAUUUGCCAGAUAUGUAUCAAUUUAUUUUUUUAUAUUUGAUGGUAGGAUAAUUUCUGGUUCACAAUAAGGUUCCAGCUAUGUUUUUGUGUUAGUUCCUUGAGGUGAUUAGUUAAAACUUUGAACCACAUAAAACAUUUUUUGCUGGCUCCCAGAGACCCAGACUCACCUGUAUAAACUCACGUAAUAUUAUUAGCUGAUUACCUAGCCCUGACCUGUGAUUCCUCAACAUCACCAUCAUGUCUUGUGUCUGAAUUACUGUGGAAAGAUGCUCAUAGUCUGCAACUGCCACCUUGACACAAAGCAGUCAGGGACUCAGUGCAUCUAGCACAGGGGGGAGCUGUGUUGUUUUGUCUCUGGCAUGGAUGGUGACGCUUUCCAGGCAAUGCGUGAUGAUGGAUUUCCGGGGUUACGCAAAUAGCCUAGUACUCAGACUGGGUAGAGAUGUCUGAAAAAGUAUCUCUCUAUGUUUCCCAUGGUUUGAGGGUAUUGAAGUGUUGAGUUUAGGUAGGCCUACGUAUUGUUUUCCUUUAACAAAUGCGUUACAUUCAAGACCGGUAUAAUCCUUUGUUUGUGUGUGAUUCUAGGAGUGAUUCCAGCCAAUGGGAAGGUGGAGGUGACCGUCACCUUCAGGCCGUUCCAGUAUGACACGUCCCAGGUCACUCUACAAGUGGUCAUCUCCCAGUUCAAUUCCAAACCCUACGUCUGCACCCUCAGCGGGUCCUCCUCGCCCCACCUGGCUCUC